AUGUCAUGUAAUGACCAAACGCGUGGCGUUGAAAAUGUGGAUGUGUGUGUGGUAACCGGGGGUCGCGGUUUCGUCGGUCGCUGGCUGGUUCGCAAGCUGUUAGCGACGGGCGAAUGGAGCACGGUGCGAGUGGUGGACAUGGCGUCCGAGCUCCGGCUCACGGACGACGAGGCCAACGGCGAGGGCGAGGCCGGGAUCGUGCGUGACUCGGCGCGCAGCGGUCAGCUCGAGUACAUCUCCGGGAAUGUCUGCGAUCGGACGGCCAUGGUCAAAGCUUUCCAGGGCGCGUCUGCGGUGUUUCACAUGGCGUCGCCCAACCACGCUCUCACGGAUCUCGCUCCCCACUACACUGUCAACGUGCUCGGCACGAAGAACGUGAUUGCGGCGUGCCAGGAGGCGGGCGUGCGUCGUCUCAUCUUCACCAGCUCAGCCAGUGUUGUGUUCGAUGGGCGGCACGACAUCAAGAACGGGGAUGAGUCGCUGCCGUAUGCUGGCAAGGCUACUAACGCGUAUGGGGAGACCAAGGCGCAGGCAGAGGCGAUAGCCCUCGCUGCGAACGGCCAGGGAGGGCUACUGACGUGCGCCCUGCGCCCCAGCAACAUCUUUGGCCCUGGCGACCCUGAUCUGGUACCCAUCACCAUCAAGAACGCUCAAAAUGGCAAACUCAAGUUCAUAGUGGGCGAUGGGGAGAACGUGUCGGAUUGGACGUACGUGGAGAACGUGGUGCACGCUCACAUCUGUGCUGAGAAGGCUCUUAGCGAGUACAAGGGCUACCCCACCAGUGACGACUCGCCAGCUGGCAAGGCGUAUUUCAUCACCAAUGCCGAUCCAAGGCGAUUCUGGGACUUCAUCUUUGCCAUUGCUGGAGGCUUUGGUUACAGCAGCAAGCCCUUGGCCAAGCUCCCAGCAGACAUCCUCAUUCCCAUUGCAACGGGAGUGGAGGCCGUUACAAAGGCCCUUGCUCCUCUGGGUGUGCCCCCCUCCGACUUCACUCCUGCCCGCCUGCUCCUUGCCACCCGCUGGAGAACCUUUUCACCUGCCCGAGCGGGCAGGCUGCUGGGUUACAAGCCAAUCGUUUCUGUUGAUGAAGGGCUGCAGCGCACAAUAGCGUCCUACCCACACCUGCAGCGCAGCACAUAUGAGAAGGAGAAGGCAGCCGAGGCAGCAGAAGCGCGGGCAGCUUUUAGAGAACGCUCCUCUGUGCACAAAGCACUGGGACGAGGCAUGGUGGCGGACCUGCUGUUGUGGCAGGAACCGAAAAUGUCUCUGCUGGCCAUGCUGCUCGCGUGGAUGGUGCUGCGCUGGGCCAUUGGGCGGGUGGGGGGCACGCCUGUCCUCUCCCUUGCUGCGACUGCUGCCAUGGGCUUCCUCCUGCAUGCUGCCGUGCUGCACCGCAUUGCUCCCAUCGCCAAGAGGGCGCUGGGAGGGGGAGUGGUGGCGGACCUGCUGUUGUGGCAGGAACCGAAGAUGGCCCUCCUAGCCAUGCUGCUCGCGUGGAUGCUCCUGCGCUCAGAGCCUGCAAUAUCCCCUUUCCUUUCUACCCCCCCUUCCCACCGCACCCUCUCCCCCCACCUUCCCUCCUCUCUUGUCCAUCUCUGUUUAGCCACAGAUUCCGCCUGCCUCUACCUGACAUGGUUCGCAUUUCUAGUCAACUCAAAAAGCAGUCUCCAUCCCACCCCCUGCUUUCCCAUGUGUCUGUUAUCCUCCAACACCUGCUCUCUCUCUCUGUACCUCAGGUUCCGCCUGCCCUUACCUGACAUGGCGGCUGUUGAGUGGCGCAUUCCUGAGAAGCCAGUGGUGGAGGCGAGCCAAUGGGUGGCUGCCACGUGGAACGGCUCAGUAGCUGCUCUGCAGGAGAAGCUGCUAGUGGAGAGGGACUGGACCGCUGCUGGCAAGGUGUUGGCGGCACUGACUGCACUUCAACUCCUGUCCUCUUUCAUCACUGUUUACACGCUUUCCUUCCUGGCCCUGCUGGCAGUGUUAGUCAUUCCCUCUGUUCUUGACAAGAGGCAAGGAAGCAACGCAGCUCCUUCCACCAGUCAAGGGAACCAAGCGUCAAACUCAAGUGUAGCCACAUCAUAG